AUGUCUGGAAUAGAUAGUGGAAGCCAAUGGUCAGGAGGAGGUAGCACAGGUGGAUCUCAGGAUGGCAGUCAAGGCAGUUGGGAAGGCACCGACAGCAGUGGCAGCACAUCCCAGGCCGGGGGAAAUGCAUCGCCCUCGGAGUCUAUCGCCGCCAGCGCGACGACACCUACAGCAGCCGACUCUUUUCUCACAGCUACCCAGACCACUAAUCCAUCACCCACAACAUCAACAACCACGUCUUCCACGUCAACUUCCUCUGCUAGCAGCAGCAACGGCAGCAACACCGAAACCCUCGCCAUCGCCAUCCCUGUUGCUGUCGCGGGCGCAGCCAUCAUUUUGGGCCUGCUAUUCUUCCUCCGACGGAGGCGCCGUCGCGUUCGAGGCCAUGUCAUCCCAUCUACUUCUCAGAUCGAUGUAAUAACCGUCCCUCGACAACCAAUACUACCCCAACCGCAGCAGAACUUACCGAGAUCGCAACCACCCCAAGCGACACCCUGGGGAUUCACAAAUGCUAGUACUCAUAACAUUCCCUUCACGGGACCUAUACCAUACGACACUUCGAACCACUCAAGCGACCGCCUCGCUACAAGCCAGCCACGCGGCCUUAAUGCACCUGCUAGUCAGCACAGCCUAACACCAGGGAUCAACACCACACUGGAGCAGCCACCGCCAUAUUCCAGGCAUCCGGAGCGUGCGGAGGCACAGGUAUCACCCGUGACAAGCGCCGGCGUUCCUUCACGGCAGGUGUCGGGGCGUGAGCGGCCGACAUCCCCGUUUGACCAUCCCCUGGAUGACACUGUCUCUGAGAUUUCGAGAUACAGUAGAGGGCCAUCCCUGGUCCACCGCGCCAGUCUCGACGAGAUCUCAUCUGUCUCGUCAAUAGGUGACGAUGAAAGGCGGCCAGCGAUGCGUCAUUAA